UUAAAAAGGACAGUGCAGAGUACAGACCAGACCACAGAGUACAUUUUCUUCUAAACUAGUAGACGUACCUACUGAGUACCUACUGACUAGUACAGACCAACAGGCUCUACCUAUCACUAGUAUAGGUAGUGCUUAUUUUUAAUUUGUGCUGUGCUGCUCUCACUCGUUAGGUAGCUUUUGUCGUGUCGACUUUUAACGUAUUUUGCUAAAUUUUUGAGAAGUAUUAUUUGUUUUGUAAUUGCAUUGUAUUAUAAUUUGAUUGCGAUGUAAAAUAAUCCAAAAUAAAAUAAAAUAUCUUGUGUAAUUUAACAAAAGGGUAUUCAAAUACCAGUACCUGAAUAGCGUUUGUAACUAUAAGUAAAUUUUGUUUAAUGCUUUUCUUCAGUCCCAUCUGUGAAGCAAUUAAUCCAGUAUGGCUGAAGCACAUUCAGCAGUAGCAUUUUCAUUUGCAAUUACUCAUGAUGGAUGGGAUGUCAAUUUCGACCGUGAGGUCCUGUAUCUGGUUUGGGAGUCCGGUCUACGCUCAUGGAAGAAACGCUUAGCAAGGUUCAGGAACAGUGUACACAAUGGGGUAUAUCCUGGCCAUUUACAAUCCCUUUAUGUGCUAUGGACUUUGCUGGUUGCUGCCCAUUUUGGAGGAUUUAACAUACCUUUUGGUUUAGUUCAAAAAGCACUGACUGUUAUGCCUGGGAAUUCUCCGGUGUGGCAGGUGAUUGCUUGUCUAUGUGCAGCACUCAGCAUGUGGCUCUCUGUCAUAUUUAUGAUGAGAUACCUUCUCAAAUUACUACUCAUCUACAAGGGUUGGAUGUAUGAAUCGCGAGCCCCGGGUGCUAAGAUAUCCAGAAAGACAUUGUUGUGGAUUGCUGUUGUGAAAGUGCUAUCUGGCUGGAAUAAACCCAAGCUAUACAGCUUCCAAGGCUCCCUACCCAGACUUCCAUUACCUUCUGUUAAAGAUACUAUGAAACGGUACCUGAAUAGUGUGCGUCCAUUAUUAGAUGAUGACAACUACAAAAGAGUUGAGAAAUUAGCUAAGGAAUUCGAAGAGACUAUUGCAGUGAAACUGCAGAGGUAUUUAAUACUUAAGUCAUGGUGGUCGAGCAACUACGUGUCGGAUUGGUGGGAGGAGUACGUGUACCUGCGAGGCCGCUCGCCUUUGAUGGUGAACUCUAACUUCUACGGCAUAGAUGCUAUUAUGAUCCGACCCACCAAGAUUCAGGCCGCGAGGGCAGCUGUUGUCAUACAUCUAGCUUUGAAGUUCAGGAGAUUGAUUGACCGGCAAGAAUUGGAACCAAUUAUGCUCCAAGGCAUGGUGCCUCUCUGUUCCUGGCAAUACGAGCGAGUGUUCAAUACGGUUCGUGUGCCGGGAAUCGAGACCGACAAGAUCGUACACUACCAGGACUCGAACCAUAUCACCGUAUACCACAAGGGCCGCUACUUCAAGGUCAUGGUCUACUCUAGAGGACGACUGUUGCAACCAGCAGAAAUUCAAGUACAAAUCCAGCAGAUUUUGGACGACAAGUCGGAGCCAGUGUUCGGCGAGGAGCGGCUGGCAGCGCUGACGGCUGGCGACCGCUCCCACUGGGCUCACAUCCGCACGACGAUGUUCAACCGCGGGCACAACCGCACUUCACUGCACUGCAUCGAACGUGCCGCAUUCAACGUCUGCCUGGAUGACAUGGAGUAUGGUUUCGAUGAGAACGACCCGACGUCGCUGACGAAGCACGGUCGCAUCUUGCUACACGGCAAGGGCCACGAUCGCUGGUUUGACAAGUCGUUCAACCUCUGCUUCAGCACAAAUGGAUCGCUUGGUUUCAAUGCCGAACAUACUUGGGCUGACGCACCAGUGAUGGGUCACUUGUGGGAAUACGUUAUAUGGUCGGAGUUAGAAGUAGGAUACGCCCCUGACGGCAAUACCAUAGGCAACGUGGAGGCGCCCCCGCCGGUGCCCAUACGUCUGCAAUGGGAGCUCAACAACGAGGAGCUGCUGAAAGCCAUCGACGUCUCCUAUAAUGUCGCACAAAAACUACUCAACGACGUCGAUCUUAAGAUACUCAUGUACACCAAGUAUGGCAAAGGGUUCAUGAAGACGUGCCGGGUGUCCCCGGACGCGUUCAUCCAGCUGAUCCUGCAGCUAUCGUACUACCGGGACGCGGGCCGCUUCUGCCUCACGUACGAGGCGUCCAUGACGCGAAUGUUCCGCGAGGGACGCACGGAAACCGUGCGCCCGUGCACCAUCGAGAGCUCAGCGUGGGUCAAAGCCAUGCAGGACCCUAAUUCCACGGUAGAAGAGAAGAUGGAUUUGUUCAGGAAAGCGGCGCAACGCCACCAGAUCGGCUACCAGGACGCGAUGUCGGGCCGCGGCAUCGACCGCCACCUGUUCUGCCUCUACGUCGUCUCCAAGUAUCUGGAGCUCGAGUCGCCGUUCCUGCAGGAGGUGUUCAACGAACCGUGGCGUUUGUCCACCAGCCAGACCCCUCAUGGCCAAACAAACCUGCUGGACUUGAAGAAAUAUCCGAAGUGCAUUAGCGCGGGCGGCGGAUUCGGCCCCGUCGCGGACGACGGCUAUGGCGUUUCCUACAUCAUCGUGGGGGAAGACACCGUGUUCUUCCACGUGUCCAGCAAGAAGAGCUGCCCUAUCACGAGUUCAUCAAACUUCGUGGAACAGAUCGAGGGCUCUCUGCAAGACGUCAAAGACCUCUUCCUGGAAUACAAGAAACUCAAAAAUGGUGUCAAUAAAUAGUUCGCUAAUUGUUUUAGUAUAAUAUUAUUCAAAUUCGUUGUUGUUGUAAUAUGUAGUUUAUUUUUCUUCAGGUUUUUAGAGUAAGUCAUUAAAAUUAUUCUUGACGCUAUUUUAUUUCAGCUAUCGGGAGAGUGUUGCUCACUUUUGGCUUUUCUAUAAUCACCGGGUUAAAUCUAGAGGCAAAAGAUCUCCAUUUUUUGUAACCACUGUUUGAUUUAUCAUUUUCUUACAAUCAUGUACUUGAACGAAUCGCAUUACAAUAACACUAUCUAAUCAACCAAGCGGAUGGCCUUACUGAGCUCAGCAAUUUUUAAUUUAAACUGUUGAAAUCGAGUGAUUUCAAUUAUUUGUCUUUUAUAGGUCAAGUAAAAGCAUAAUUAAAUCGGAGAAAUGAACUAAUGGAUGCUUUUCGCCUACAAUAUUUCAGAAAGUUUCCACAAACAUAUCGUAUGUGUGUUCAUUGUUUGCAUAAUGAACAAAAUAAUGUUAAUUUCAAGGUCUUUUUAUUAUAGGAUAUUAGUCUUUUCUGACAGGGUUUGUAUCAAAAAUAAUGAUUUAUAAAUAGAAUUCUUCGGCAAAAUAUGUUAAUAUUUCUUAUAAAUUUGUAUGUAACGUUACUAACUCGAAUAUGGGACAGGAAUAGAAUUACUUUAUGGACAUAUUUAAAUCAACAAUCAACUAAUAAUCGGUUGUUGGGGUAAAAGUUUGUUUGACCAUAGAACAGUGAAUCGUGUUACCUUGACCUGUACUUUUUCGCUCUCAAAAGUGAGUAUAAAGCUAUUUUCACAUAAUAAACAAAAUAAAAAAAAGACUUCUUCCACCACAAAUUAAAUUCCAAACACUAUGUUAGUCUACAUUAGCGCCGAAGUACUUUAAUCUGUUUGUUAUACUUGAUUAUUAUAAUAAUAUAAUUUAUAUUUUGUAAAAGCUUUAUGAAACUAGUUAUGCAUCAUGUUUGCUUUUAAAUCAAAAUACAUGUCAAAAUAUGUGGUGGUAUUCCUGUGUGAGGGUGUAGCUUGUUAUUCAUAUUGUGUAUAGGUUAGGAAAAUAGGAUGUUACUAUAAGAGCCUGACAGAAGUGUAUGUGCUGAUAGCACGAUAACAAUGCAAAAUAAUUGUUGCUUGUAAUACAGGUUCAACUUGUUAUUAUUUAUAGUAUGUAUUGAUUUUUUUAUAAAUUUAUUUGUAUAUGUGUUUCCGUUUUGUUAUCGAGAUAUUAAUUUACUUCUAUUUAUUUCGGCAAACCUUAGGUAUACUGAAUCAACAUCAAAAAACAAUUUCACGUAUGUUCCAAAUAGAACUCAUCAAAUUGAUAUCUCGUCUUAAAAUCGGUUAAAUGUAAUUAUAAAUCGAUAAUUGAAAUAAUUUGACAAGUGUUAUCAUGUAUCAUAAUAUAAUUAAGAAUCUACGUACAUCGGCAAUUGAAUGCAUUUGUUUUACCAUAAAUUUCAGUACCCUGAAAUAUUAUUCUGUCCAUUAUAUAAUUAAGUAGGUAGAUAUAUUGGUCUGAUAAAGAGGGUUAUUUAAGGCCAUACCCAUUAAUCGAUUACCUAGAAUUCAUGAGUGUACACAUACGAUGUAGUGCCCUGUUAAAUUGCAGCAGAAUGUGUUACGAGCGAUAUUCGAAGCACUUGAUCUAAGUCCAAUUCCAUAGAUCCUACAUUACUAAACAGAGAUAGCGGGCUUUUUCGAUUAUUUUUUAUAACCUGGAUAAUACUAUAAACCAAUAGUCUGCAUGAGAAAAGAUAAUUCAUACAUGAGAUUCAAGUUAGUAUCUUUGUCGUAAUUGAAUAUUGUAUGUAUUGUAUAUAUAUCGGCACACUUGCAUUGAACUUUACAUGUACCUAACUGAAAACUUACUAUGUUUAUUCUUUAUGAACUGGUAAUGUAAUGAGGCAUUUAUUUAACUCAACAAAACAGGUUAAGGGGCCAAAUAAUGUGAUACAUUUUGGUUUUGCCUAGAAUAGACCCUCUAUAGUGUAAUGGAAUAAUAAUAUAGUUUUUGGAAGAAUUUGUUUUAAGCUACUUACAAAUUUUUAUCAUUGAAUUGUAAAUAAAUAUAGUGAAUUUAUAAA